CCAAAUGGAAACAAGGGAACCAAUCAUCAAAUACGAAUGACACAAGGGUGUCGUGGUACACAGGAGCUGCAGCCAAACUGCUCCCAUGGCUCUUCUUCCCACUAAUCCCAUGGCGAUGGCAAAGCAGAGUCCCAUGGCUUCCUUCUCCUUAAAGCGCCUGAGGAGGCCAGAGUCAAGGGUCCUAAGAGUUAAAGCUUUCCUCAAUCCUCUUGAAGAUCCUGUAGUCAAGGAAGCUCUCAAGGAGCCUGUUGCCUUUUUUGGUGGUAUGUUUGCUGGAAUUUUGAGGCUAGAUUUGAAUGAAGAUCCCCUAAAAGAAUGGCUCACUAGAACUGUUGAGGCUUCUGGAAUCAUGAAGGAAGAUACUGAAACUGAAAAAACAGAGUCCGAAGAAGCUGUACCUCAGCAGAUUGAGAUUGAAUGAAUGCAAAAUAUUUGAUUUGUUUAGUUUAAUUUUUUUUUUCCCAGUAUUUUCCAUCUCCCAAUACCCUUCCCACACUGGGUAUUUGUGUUCUGGUUCUCACUGUUGUUAAAGUAUUGGAAACUAUUUAUUAGAUUUCUUCCACUUCCAUUGGCUUUCAA